AGCGGAGAUCCAAAACCCCACUCAAUCUCCCGCCUUUUCAACACUCACAAUUCACUAAUUCACAAAUCCCACGACACGCAAAGCAAUGGACCUUCCUGUCGUAGAUCUCUCUCCGUACCUCGCCGCCUCGCCCGCCCAACUCAGUCCCGAACUCACCGCCCUGUGCGGCGAAGUGAGCCGGAGCCUGAGGGAGACGGGAGCGCUUCUUGUGAAGGAUCCACGGUGUUCCAUUGAAGACAAUGAUCGCUUCAUAGACAUGAUGGAGAGAUACUUUCAGAGCCCUCAGGAUUUCAAGCAGCGUCACGAGCGCCCCUACUUGCAUUACCAGGUUGGGGUUACACCGGAAAAAGUAGAGGUUCCAAGAAGCUUGGUCGAUGAAGAAAUGCAAGAAAAACUGAAAGCAAUGCCUAAAGAAUACCAGCCACAUGCUCCUGUUGGGCCUGAUCUCAAAUGGAGAUACUUUUGGAGAAUUGGUCCUCGACCAUCAAAUACCCGUUUUAAGGAACUCAAUGCUGAGCCUGUCAUACCUGAAGGUUUCUCUGAAUGGAAAGAAACCAUGGAUUCCUGGGGAAACAAAAUGAUAGCAGCAAUUGAAGUGGUUGCUGAAAUGGCAGCUAUUGGGUUUGGUCUUCAGAAGGAUGCAUUCACUUCUCUUAUGAAGCUGGGACCCCAUUUGUUAGCUCCCACAGGGAGUGAUCUUCAAAAAUAUGGUCAAGAAGGAACGGUUCUUGCAGGAUAUCACUAUGACCUUAACUUCCUAACAAUACAUGGUAAAAGUAGGUUUCCUGGUUUGAAUAUCUGGUUAAAAAAUGGACAAAAGGUUGAAGUGAAGGUUCCAUUAGGAUGUCUCCUUAUUCAGACAGGAAAGCAGAUAGAGUGGUUAACUGGAGGGGACUGCAUAGCUGGCAUGCAUGAGGUAGUAGUCACAAAUAGAACUGUUGAAGCAAUCAGAACAGCAGAAGAGCAAAAACGUAGCUUAUGGAGAGUCUCUUCAACGUUGUUUGCCCACAUAGCUUCUGAUGCAGUUCUGAAGCCAUUGGGACAUUUUGUGGAAUCGCCAUUGGCAAGCAAAUAUCCACCACUUUGUGCAGGAGAGUAUGUUGAACAAGAGCUUGCAGUGAUCAAUCUUAAGGGACAAAAAUGACAGCUGUUCAUGUUCGACAAUUGUAAUAAUUUCAUAAUAAAAUUGGGAUAAAUUAUGAUUGGUACAGAUUAUGGUUUCAUUGUCUCGAGGAAAAACUAUUUGUGGUUCCAAUGCAACUAAAUUAUUUCAAUACAUAAAAUUUCUUUUA